AUGGGAGUGGAAGUAGCCGAGAAGAUGCCAAGACCUGGUGUCCUAAAAAUACACCUUCCUUUCGAAAGAGUGCCAUACUCCGAUAAUGCUAAGUACAUCUACGUCGCCCGAAACCCAUAUGAUGUCUGCGUCUCUUUUUACUACCACAUGAAGGGAUUCACACCGAAAACUGCAAAGGAUUUCUCGUUCGCACGAUUUCACGAACUGUUUGUGUCCGACAAGCUAUCCUGGGGCCCUUACUUUGCCCACCUCCAUGCGUGGUACUCGCAACGCGACCGUCCAAACGUCCUGUUUUUUACCUACGAACAGGCAAGGAAGGAUAACGCCCUGUGGGCCCUGAAGGUUGCUGACUUCCUGGGACAAAAGUACGGUAAUCAGUUGCGAAAAGAUCAAGCUCUCUUUUCGAAGAUUUUGGAAGUCUGCAGCCUAGAGAACAUGAGACGCGUGUUCGACAGUAGCACGCGUGGUAUGCUACGGGAUCUGCUAAAUCUCCCACCAGAAAAGGCGUUGAAAACUCUGGAUGUAUAUCGUGAUAAGCCUGUCAUUGUGGAGACCCACGAAAGCGAAGGCUUCAUACGCAAAGGCAAGGUGGGGGACUGGAAGACGCACUUCACGGUUGAUCAGAUUGAGAAGACUAAAGCGUGGAUUCUUAAAAUACCGAAGGAUCAGACGUUAUGA